AUGAAAACAAACAAAAAAGGAGAGAAGAAGAAGGUUUUAUUUUUCUUCUUUUUUCUGGAAAAAAACCUAAAAAAGGAGAAAAAAAAGAAAAAGAAGAAGAAAGAAGGUUCCCAUAUUCAUCUUCUUCUUCUUUUUCUCGGAAUAUUUAAGCUCCGCCCACUUUUUUGCUCGUGGAGCAAGAAAAAGAAGAGAUGGGAGAAGCCGGUGACUGGGGUGGCUUAA